AUGGCUUUUAUUAUUUUAUAUCCAGCUGUAGCUGCUUUAGCUUUAUUCAUUGUGGGUGUAAUUAUAAUAAUGUUACGUUUUGGACCACGACUCUGUGGCCUAAGACAUCAUGCCUUGCCCGACAGUGAAGAGUAUCGUGAGCGUGCUUACGAUCAUGAAAUCAGUUAUGCUUGAGAUAUAUUUAAUGUACAAGUUUUAUUUAAAUUUUAAACUACAUAUAACAAUAUUACUUUUAUCCCUCCAUUUUGUUUUAAUGUUUUUUUUAAGUGCCUUUUUUAAGUAAAUUAUCCCUAUAAGCAGCUUUGUUAGAAUUUAAGUGGAAUAAGAGUGAAACUGUUGUAAUUAAGUACUGAUCUGUUUCUAUUUAAAUGCUUAUCAGUUUUUAAAUCAAAAUUUUGAAUUUGAAUUUUUCGUUUCAGAAUCUCAUAAACGUUAUUUGUUAAUACUUUUUUCACUCAAUUUUAAAUACAAUUUUCUUUCAAUUUUCUUACAACAGAUUGAUUUCCUUAAAUUUUAAUUAUUUAAAUGGCAUCAGCUUAUUUGGGAUUAUUUAUCUUAAUUUAAUAAACAUUAUUUAUAAUUGUAGCAUUUAUAUAAAAAAAGAAAUACAUUCCGUCCAGUUUAAAUUAAACAAAAAAAAUUUAAAACUUCACAAAUUAUAGUAUUAAGCCUCACAUAUCACAUUGUUUUACGUAUAUUUACAAAUUUACUAAAAUAUUUUUAUAUGUAUGCCCUCUUUGUGGUAUAUAUUUUUAUUAAAUAUAUUUUUUAUAUAUUUUACGAAUAAAAAAUAAAAAAAGUACUAAAUAUAAUAUUA